GCGACAAUGAAGGGAUCUUCUUACGUUGUCUAAGGAGUGCUGAGUGUCGUCUCUUUUGACCAGAAUCGCUCUGAUGAAAUGGCCAACCUUCAGCUGGGGGAGCGGUCAGUGAAAGAUGACUUUCCCACUCUGAGUGAGCACAACAACCACAUGGCCAAGUUGUUAACGAUGGACAUGUACAACAAACUGAGGGAGAAAUGUACCCCCAAUGCCUUCACCAUCGAUGAUGUCAUUCAGACAGGAGUGGAUAACCCAGGUCAUCCUUUUAUCAUGACUGUGGGGUGCGUGGCUGGCGAUGAGGAGUCAUAUGAAGUCUUCAAAGACUUGAUGGACCUUGUGAUUGAAGAAAGACACGGAGGUUACAGACCAUCAGACAUCCACAAAACUGACCUGGACCCAGAGAACCUCAAGGGUGGCGAUGACCUCGAUCCCAACUAUGUUCUAAGCGCCCGCGUACGAACAGGCCGGAGCAUUCGGGGUUAUUGCUUGCCACCGCACUGCAGCCGGGGAGAGCGACGCGCCGUGGAGAGGAUCACAGUUGAAGGUAGUGAGCAGAUACGAAGCUUUGAAUUCCAGUCAUGUGAAUCUGGAAUUGAUACACAUUUUAGAAGCCAGAAAUAAUUUG